ACGCUCACUGAUUAAGUGUUUCCUUCGCAUGCACUUUCAGCUUUUGCUUAUAUAUAAUACUGAGAGUUUGACACUUCGUUUCAUUGUCUUCAUUAUUGCUAUCCACCCUCUUUGAUCAAAAUUCUACUGCGUACUUUCAGUUUCUUCAUUGCAGCAACCUUCUUUUGCUUUUACAGACCCCAAAAGAAAAAUAAAAUUUUUAAAAAAAUCUUUUGCCUUAUUUUACUUUCUUUUACUUCUCAAAUUAUAAAAGUCAAUCAAAAGAAGAAGAAAAAGAGUAUUGCCUUUGGAGGGGAUAGCAUUUAAAUUCCUGGUUUUCAUUUGUCUCUUGAUUUGAUUGUGUCACUUUCACGAAUUCAUUUUGCUCUUACUUAGCGAUUGUUCCUGAACGAGCCUUAUUCAUUACAGGGGGGAAAAAAAAGAAUCAGAGUUCUUAGCACUAUGUACUCCCAGUUCUAUAAGCAAAGGAAUUUGAAGAGCAACUGGCCUCAUUCAUCACCCAAAGCGUGAAAAGGUAUCCCCAGGUAUGGCCGAGGCCUAAUCCUCCAAGAUACUGUCGGGCGCAUAUGCGGGGACCUCUCCCAAGAAAGUUUUUUACAUCCACAAGGGCUCGAACCCGAGACAUUGAUUACAUUUUCUUUCACCUGUUAUCAGAAGUAUCUUAUUAAGAAAAACAAAAGUGUUAGAGACUGAUCCUCUGUGUUCGUCUUUUAAAGCUUAGUCUCACGAUCUAAGAUGUAUGAGUACCGAAUUUCAAAGGCAAAAUAAAGAAGCAAGCAAAUUAGUAGCAUGGAGAUUCUCACCGUAAUUAUUCCUGAGGUGGUUGGAAAAGUAAUCGAGUACACUGUUGUUCCAGUUGGACGUCAAGUGGGUUAUCUAAUUCACUACAAAAGCAACCGUCAGAAUCUAAGGCGCCAAUUGAAGAACUUAAAUGCUGCCAAAGAAAGGCUGAAGCAUACGGUUUUUGAAGUUGAAAGAAAAGGUAAAGGAAUCCAUGAUGAUGUCCAGAACUGGAGUAGAGAAGCAGAUGAGAUCACUCAAGAGGCAGAAACAUUCUUGGAUGAUGUAGGCCAAGUAAGGACAAAGUGUGUCCAUGGAAUAUGUCCUAAUCUGGUAUCCUAUCAUCAGCUUAGCAGGAAGUCUACAAAAUUGAUAAAAAAGAUUGAACUCCAUGAAAAAAUAGAGUUUCCUAGUGUUUCUUACAAUGCUCCCGCAGAAGAGAUAUUUGCCACACCCUCCGAAGACUACAUGGCCUUCGAAUCAAGGAAUUCAAUGGUGAAAAAAAUCUUGGAGGAAUUAAGAAAUCCUGGUACCAACUUGCUUGGUGUAUACGGAACUGGUGGGGUGGGGAAGUCCACACUCGUCCAAGAAGUUUACAGACAAGCUAAAAAAGAGAAUUUGUUUGAUGAUGUGGUUAUAGUAUUGGAUGCCAAGCAGUAUCCAGAAGCCGAAAAAAAGGAAAGAAUUCAAAAGAAAAUUGCUGAAAAGUUAGAUAUGGAUGUUCAGGAAAGUCAGGAUAUAGAAGGAAGGGCAAAAACUCUAUGGAAUAGGAUAAAAGACAAGAACAUUUUUGUAAUUUUAGAUGAUGUAUGGGAAGCAAUUAAGUUGGAGGCUUUGGGACUUCGCCCAAUGGCAACUUGUAAAAUAUUGUUGACGUCUAGAGAUCGAGUCUUUGAGAUGCGUACACAAAAAGAGUUUCGGCUUGAAGUUUUAGGCAUGGAAGAAAAUUGGAGUUUAUUUGAGAAGAUCGUAGGCGAUGUUGUUGAAGAUGACCGUAUAAGAAAAGUAGCAACAAAAGUAGCCAAAAAAUGUGGAGGCUUGCCGGUUUUAGUAGUUGCAGUUGCAAGCGCUUUAAGAUCAGAGAAUACUUUAGAGGUAUGGAAAGAUGCCUUGAGGCGCUUCAAAAGUCGAUUGGCAAAACCAGCGUACUUGGCUCUAGAAUGGAGUUACAAUCGAUUAGAUGGCGAGGAGCUUAAGCCAUUGUUCUUGCUCUGUGGAAUUAUUGCAGGGGGGAGCUGUAGCAUUUCCCUCAGUGACUUGUUGAAAUAUAUUAUGGGUUUGGGUUUGGUUAAAAAUGUUGAUCGAGUGGAAGAGGCACGGGAUACAUUGCUUUCACUAGUUAAAAAGCUUAAAGAUUCUUGCCUGCUGCUAGAGAGUUAUGAUGAUGGAAGAGUUAGAAUGCAUGAGCUUGUACGAGAUGUUGCUAUCUGGAUUGCAUGUAGAGAUCAACAUGCCUUAUCAAGAGCAUAUGGAGAUGAGUUGACAGAAUGGCCACAUAGGGAUUUCCUUAAAAAAUGCUCUGCUAUCUCCUUAAACUAUUGCAAGAUCCCCAAGCUUCCUGAAGUACCUUGGGUAUGCCCAGAAUUAAGAUUUUUUAAGUUGGUAAAUCAUAAUAACGAUGACUCCCUGGAAAUAACAGGCAACUAUUUUGAAGGGAUGAAUGAACUCAAAGUGGUCGAUGUAACUGGACUGCGUAUUCCGUCACUACCUCCAUCUCUUCAAUCCCUAACAAUUCUUCAAACGUUGUGCUUAGAUCAGUGCGUGUUGGGGGACAUAGCUCUUGUUGGACAGCUAACAAACUUGAAAAUCCUUAGCCUUAUACACUCUCACGUUAAAGAGUUGCCUAAACAAAUAGGGCAGUUGACUUGUCUACAAUUGUUGGAUUUGACAGGUUGCUCUGAACUUGUACUAAUCUCACCUGGGGUUAUAUCAAGCUUGACAAGGCUAGAAGACUUGAGAAUGGGAAUAAACAGCUUUAAGCAAUGGGAAGGCGAAGGUUUCAUCGAUGGAAGAAGAAAUGCUAGCAUUAUAGAGCUGAAGCACUUGUCUCAGCUAACCGCAUUAGAGAUACAUAUUCCGGAUGCUAAAAUACUUCCAGCAAACUUAUUCUCCGACAAGUUAGAAAGGUACACCAUCCUUGUUGGUGAUUGGCCAAGUCCUCAUACCAAUGAUACCUCCUCUAACGUGCUCAAACUCAAGCUGGCUACGAGAAAUCAAUUCGACCGAGGUAUAAAAUCACUGCUGAAGAAAUGUGAGGAUUUGUCCUUGGAUGGGAUGGAGGCUGUAAAUAUUAUUUCCUAUCUAUUAGACAGCGGCAGCGCUAAACAACUGAAGCGUCUCCACGUCCAAAACAAUGAUGAAGUUAUAUCAAUCAUUAACUCCGUCAGUUGGAGUUAUUCUCGUAAUGCCUUCCCCAUAGCUGAGCCUUUUCCAAAAUUAGGGUCUUUGACAUUGCGGAAUCUACCAAAGCUUAUUGGUUUCUCCUCCGAAGACAAAAGCAGGUCAAUUGUAACUACAAGAACGCACAAGCAGUUAACGAUUGAUACAGAGGCUGAAGAAAUCAUUUUGGAGAAUGAAAUUGGUGGACCCACGAAACUUUUCUUGAAUGGGGAGGUUCUGAUGGGCCACUUAACAACCUUGAUCUUGCACCAAUGUGAUGGUUUAAGAUUCUUGUUUUCAUUUUCUAUGGCUAGAAGUCUUGUUCAACUCAAGCAUCUUAAGAUAUCCCACUGUCAAAUCAUGGAAGAGAUAGUAACAAAAAUUGAUUGCAGCGAGGAAAAUACAGAUAACAUAUUUUGCAAGCUAAAACAUCUACAACUGCAGUAUCUUCCAAGCCUCGUUAGAUUCUGCUCGGGAAGUUAUAUUGAAUUUCCAUUGUUAGAGCUGUUACAUCUAGAAGAUUGUACUAAAAUGGGGACUUUCAUAUUUGAUUCGAAGAGCGAAAGUGUUACAAUCGGGAAACAAACUGAAGAGAGGGACUUGAAGGAGAAUGUUGAGACUGAUGUACAAUACUUUAUCUUGGAUCAAAAGGUAGGAUUUCCUAGCUUGGAGAUAUUGAUCAUCCAUGACCAGCCUAAGUUGCUAGGUAUAUGGCACAGCCAACUUGCUCCAAACUCGUUUUGCAGACUUCGGAAAGUUAAAGUUUUCAGAUGCCACAGCCUAACAAAUAUCUUUGCGCCAAGUAUGAUUGGAAGAUUGAAUGCUCUAGACACAUUAGAGAUAAGGCAUUGCCAGUCACUACAAGUGGUAUUUGAACAAGCAUAUUACACAUCAACCACUGAAUUGAAAACAUUUGAAUGCCCCAGUCUUGAUUUAAUUCGUAUAGAUUCGUGUCAGAGUUUGAAAAAUAUAUUUCCAGCCUCAGUGGCCACAGCUCUUCAACAUUUAAGGGAGCUGCACGUGGAGAAUUGUGGAACAUUGAAGGAAAUUGUUGCGGAGGAUGGACUAGAAGCAACACCCACGUUUGUGUUCCCAAAAUUAACAUAUGCAAUAUUUCAAAAGCUGCCCCAACUGAGGAGUUUCUAUUUUGAGCUGCAUGUUUCCAAGUGGCCAUUACUCAAAGAAUUGGUAUUUUUGGAAUGUGGUAAUGUGGAGAUUUUUGCUUUCGAGUUUUCAAGAUUCCGAGAAAAGCUUGAGUUGGGUCUCCAUGCUCCAAUCAAACAACCUUUCUUCUUACUUGACAAGGUUAAUUCAUUUCCCAGCUUGGAAACAUUGGGCUUGGACGUGAACACGGAGACUUGGUCUGAACCGUGUAGUCCGCUGCCAGCAGAGUUGUUUAGCAAUCUAAAAACUAUUGCUUUUUCUUGUGCACACCCCAAGUCAUUUGGUUUCCUUGAGAAAUUACAUAAUCUUGAAGAGGUCGUUGUUCAUUGUGGCCCUUGGAAAGAAAUAUCUGUGUAUGAAGGAAAUAGUAGCGGGGAAACACAUGCAGUGGGGACAACCCUCCCACAAGUAAAGAAUUUGUGUCUCAACAAAAUGGGGGAGCUAAUGCAUCUAGGGAAGGAUAACAUCCAACCAGCAAAUCACCCAGUUUUUCCAAACUUGGAAAUUCUGAGGGUGUACGAAUGUGGCAGAUUAAAGAAUCUAACUUCAUCUACAAUAUCAUUUCGGAAUCUAACCACUUUGGACGUAUGGUGUUGUGAUGGACUGAAAAACUUAACAUCUUAUUCGGUAGCUAAAUGUUUGCACCAACUCAAAAAGCUGGUAGUCGAGCAUUGUAAAAGCAUGAUAGAAAUAGUGGGAGGCAACGGAGAAGAAGAUGCAGGAAAUUAUGAGAUUGCUUUCAGCUGCUUGCAACAUUUGACACUUAAUUAUCUUCCAAGUCUGCAAGGCUUUUGCUCAUCACGAAAUUGCACCGUCAGAGUCCCAUCCUUAAACUCUUUAAUGGUCAAGAAAUGCAUGAUUGAGUUGACAACUUCCCCUGAUGGAUUACUGAUCGUAAGUGACCCAAGACCAGAAAGACGACAGAUAACAGAGGAAGUGGAAGAAAAAGAAAAAAAAGAAGAAGAUGAUGGCAGUGAAACGGAGGACCUGUAGCUGAUAGCCGAUACAAAUUUAUGCUGCAAGACUCCAUAUUUGAUAGGUUGCAAGCUGCCGCCUCCAGGCACACUUGUUUGAGUGGAAGAUUGUGCCGGUGUGUAUUAGUAGGCACACCUGUUUGAAUGGAAGAUUGUGCCGGUGUGCAUUAGUGAAUCUGUGUUGGCAUUGAUCCAUUCCAAGCCAUGUUAUAUUAUGCUUGUGUUGGAUUGUGGAUAGGCGCUCUGGGAUACAAGUGUGAUCUAUAUCGGAGCCUUGUUCUGGUUCAGAGCUCUCUACUUUUUCGGCUUUGGCGAUUGGUUCAUGUCUCUCUCAGCUUUGUUACUGUUGUGGUUGUAAAUGGAAGCUUCAUCUGUUAACAGAAUUGUUUUUUUUUUUUGUUUUUUUUUUCCUUCUUUGCGUGUUUACUUGGAUUAAUUGGUAUGUGUACCAAUGUGUGGGAACUGUUGUGUGGUUUGUGUUGUUUGGGCCCAAAUUAUGCACACCAGCCCAGUCAGCUAUUGGGCUCACUUUACAAACAGGAUAUGGGAUCUAUUUGCCAAAAA